ACUGCCAUUCUCGCUCCGUGUAUCACCUUGGCUACAUAUUCAGCAUUAGAGAAUAUACUUGUCUGUCUUUGUUCUUUGUUGAAUGAAGUCUAUUGUUCGUUGUUGUUGGUUCCAGCAACAUGGAUAUGGUGGCGAGCGGGCCGUUGUUUACCCGAUGCAGCCUUCCUGAAGAAGGACCCACUGAGCGAGUAACGUACGUCGUGAAGCAGGCGCGCCUCACGAAGAGAGCAAUCACGAAGUCACGAGGCUGUACAACCAAGCUACUACAACCUUCCACGCUCCUUAACACUUCUAUUCUUCGCUUCCAGGCCAUGUUCUUGAGAUAAUAAUCGACUCUUUGCGACAGUACACCACAUCUAGUCCGCCUUACGAUCUGAUAUGUGUACCUGAGAUUUUCGAUUACCUACGCAAUAAUGGGAGCUUGCGCAUCAUGUUUGGGAAGGGGCGAUGGUAAUAACUACGAUGAGGAGGAAGAGAACCGCCUUCUUUACGAUGAUGCCAAUGGUAUGCAAUACGGUAGCUUCGGAGACCAAGCUAUAAACGGCGAGAACGAUACGCUCGAAGCUCAGCGAGAGAACGAGGCCCUUCAACGAGUAAUAGCCAAGACAUCAGACAAUAUGGUGGACAUCUUUGAUAUCGCUCCGCAAGAGAACACAAAUCGUGGAGCAACGACACCUUUCGCCUACGCUGGUCAAGGUGCACGCCUUGCACGAUACCAACAUCUCGUAUCAAAACUUAGCAACCAGGGUGACAAUAACCCUGCGAGCGGUGUCAAAGUCGACUGGCUUCCAGAAGACGAGACCAUAGAGAUGCAAAAGAAUGGUCCAGCUAGCAUCAAGACUCUCGAGAGCGAUGAGGGACCUCUUGUGGGGACAUUUGCAGAUGCUGCGGCGGCAAUGCAGUAAUGACGGCUUUCGUUGAACAGAGGAAGCACCCUUCGUUUGUCUGACAAUGCGGAAGAGAAAGCUGAAAGCCCCCAGAGUGGGGAGUCAGCAAUUGCGACAUGAAACUGUAAUGCAAUAUUCGCGAUACACGACUGAUGAUGAUACACACAGUACGUUUUGGUGUUCAAGACCGCUGCGAUUGCCCCGAUCCAAAUCAUCACCCCCUGGUGGCUCAAAUUGGAUGAGGUUCAUCUCGGUCUGACCCUCGCUGGGCAUGUCGGUGAAGUGGCUACGACAAGAAUGAGCGAAAAAAAAGUAUCGCUUAUUUACCGGCCCAUUUUCUUUGAAUACUAACCUCGAUUAAUACGGUCUUUGUGACCAAAUUUCCGGUUGCUGCUCAUUUCGUUGAAGCAGUGGAACCCUUCGGUAGACGGAGUUGUCGUUGCAUAGAACCUGAUUAGCACUUAACACUCGGUGCAGACCUGCACUCCUAUUUUAUCUCUUCAUCUCUUAUUUUAUUUUAUUUUUUUUGCCGCCUGUCUUUUGCGCAAACUUCUUUGAUUGUUGUGGGCAGGAAGUGGACUUUGUACAAGCAGACACACCCAAUCGAAUUUUACAGAAAUUUCCCCCUCGUCUUAUUGAGCUUGGUCCUAGAACGAAACCCUAGACAGUUUAGUUUCACGACCCUCGUCUCGUCAUCAAUUCGUACCAUCGGCCUUUCUCUCGCAGCCUGCUGUGCAUAAGAAGCACGAGCGAUGAGCUAGAGUCAAAACCCAUCAGUCCACAACGGAAGCGUGACUUGUCGAGAACCGAGAACACCCAUUAAGCAUCAGACACGUGCGUUCCCCUCACGCUGGCUCACACCGAAUUCGAGGUGGCCCGGCAGUCAGUGGGGUGGCAAUAGACGCUAGACCAGGGGAGCAAGGUCAGAGACUCAAGGAGGAUGGUGGCCGUUCCUUUAGCUUGCCGUCGGCCCUUGAUUUAGUCUGGUUUUCUCCGGCUUCGGCUCGCACCGUUGAUGGGCGGCUUGCAUGGGUCCCCAUCCACUGGGGAGGUUUCGAUGGAUCUCUUUCGUCAACCUGAACAAGAUCCCGCCCACGUCCCAAGCCUUCGGGAUUUGUUUGGGAAAAUGUCUGUCAUGGCCCAGCCCGCCACCACGACACCAUGGGGACAUGGAAUGGGGAGCCGCUCUUGAAGCGACCUGUGCACGGAAAAAGAAGACAAAUGAGAGGGACCCCCGGAAUUUAUCCGUUCCCUCGGGUGAGGAGAGCCAUAUUGUCGGGAAGCAGACCUUCAUAACCAUCGAGCCAUCUGCUUCAGGAGACGUUAGGCCCCUGAACCCCGUUGACGGGAGGCUGGGCCCGUCUGAGACAGGGCUCAGAUUUUCGUCAAACAGGGACCGUCCAUGCUAAGGAUUUCCUAAGAAGAAGGCAACGUACUCCGUCCUAUAGUCCACACUCUGGACGGUUUAAAACCGUCUUUGUCUGCGUGCCAGGAACCUGACAGACAUCAUGCGCGCCGCGGGUCAGUUUGGGACGACCAGGGGUCCAUUACGGUCAAGGUGACCAGAAAGGCGGACAGCCAUGAACUCGACCAGUCAGAUACGAUAUGGAAUGUGUUCAUGGGUUUAAAUCGCAUCGACUUUUCCUUCAUGUCGUUGGUAGGUCUUGUGCAGGUUGGACAAGCAAAGCUCGCAUUACGAAUUAGUCACAUGCUGCUGCUGUUCACCG